AUGACGACCUUUACGCGCAUGAAGAUCCCAUUCCAGACCCGAUCCUCAAUUGCAGCUCUCUCCUCAUCACGUACUCAAACACUUCGCACCUCUUCUCUAUACCGAAGCUACGCGACCAAAUCCUCAAAUGACCCCGAGCAAGCAACAACCACAACCCACCAGCCAGACUCACCCAAUCGCCUAAUCCCCUCCAAUAAAGCAAAGCCCACCCUCAGUACGGAAGAGCAGUCGCCUCUUUCAGACCAAGAGGGGAAUCCGAAAAAGGAUUUUCCCGAAGACGUGAAGAAGCACAACCGGGAGAUGGAGCAGCGGUACGACAAGCCGUAUAACUCCACUGCUGAUGAUGGCACGGUUAAACCUGCUUUCAAGAGCUAG